GCCUGAAGUCCUGAGUCUGCAGAAGAGACGCAAGACAACUAUUCUGUUGAACUAAUUAGAAAUAAGAUUUCACAUUCCACAGUUGCUCUUGCUCAUACCGUAGCACCUCCAACAAGAAAAUAAAGAGAGGCUUUUAAGAUUGUUUCUCCCGUGAUGAAUACCUUUUACUUUCUCUCCAUCCUUAGCUAUGGACUUUUAUUAUUUAAGGACAGCAAUGGCUGGACGUACCACUCUUCAGAGAAAGACAUGAAUUACCAAGAAGCAGAGAAAUGGUGUAAAACCCAUUUUACCCAUUUGGUUGCUAUUCAGAAUAGAGAGGAAAUUCACCACUUAAAUGCAACGUUUCCUAGAAAUUCAAAUUACUAUUGGAUUGGAAUCCGAAAAAUUGAGAAUGAAUGGAGAUGGGUUGGAACAAACAAGCCACUGACUGAAGAAGCUAUAAACUGGGCUCAAGGUGAACCAAACAACCAAAGGAAGAAUGAGGACUGUGUGGAAAUCUAUAUAAAGCGAACAAAAGAUUCAGGAAAGUGGAACGAUGAACCAUGUCAUAAACCUAAAAGAGCUUUGUGCUAUAAUGCCUCUUGUACUCCAAAUUCCUGCAGCGGUCGUGGUGAAUGUAUAGAGACAAUUAACAAUUAUACCUGCCAGUGCAAAGAAGGUUUCUAUGGGCGUGACUGUGAACAUGUAAUUACUUGCGAUCAACUGAAAGACCCAGAUCAAGGUAUCUUUACAUGCAAACAUCCAGUACAGGAUUUUGGCUUUCACUCUUCUUGUGACAUUGAAUGCAAGGAAGGUUACAAACCAACUGGGAUGGAAUCAAUAACGUGUACCUAUUCUGGAAAAUGGUCUGCACCACCUCCAUCCUGUAAAGUUGUGGAAUGUCAUGUACUACAGAAGCCUGCUCAUGGUUUCUACAGUUGCUCCAACUCCUCUGAAAAUUAUACCUGGAAUUCGUCUUGCAAUUUUUUUUGCAAAGAAGGUUUCUUUUUGAAAGGCCCCAGUAUGCUCCAGUGUGGUGCAUCUGGAGAAUGGGAUGGACAGGAGCCCACAUGUGAAGUGGUGAAAUGUAAAGCACUGCCUCAGUCAGAAGGAAGCAUUGUGAAUUGUUCCCAUAAUGACACGGAACUGAAGUAUACGUCAAUCUGUGAUUUUGCAUGUGAAAAGGGCUACAUUUUAAGAGGAUCACCACAGAUUCAGUGUUCAUCAGAUGGCCACUGGACACAGCCCAUUCCUGUUUGUGAAGCUGUGCAUUGCAGUGAACUACAGCCUCCAGCUAAUGGCUCCAUGAACUGCUCUGAUCCUUCUGCAAACUUUGCCUGGAAUUCAACCUGCAGGUUUGCUUGUGGAGAAGGAUUUAAACUGAAUGGAUCCAGUGAACUCCAGUGUGGUGCUUCUGGACACUGGGAUGACUCACAGCCAGAAUGUGAAGCAGUAAAAUGUGCAGCAGUGCAGCCUCCUGAAAUGGGAGAAGUCAAACAUUCCUCCGCUGAUACAGAUCCAACUUACAAGUCAGUCUAUGAAUUUAGUUGCGUGGAGGGUUACAUCUUGAAAGGAGCAUCCCGGAUUCACUGUUCAUCAGAUGGUGAAUGGUCUGAUCCAGUUCCUACAUGUGAAGCUUCUGCAGCACUUGGGACUUUCUUAGCAGUUGGUACAUCAGUCGUCGGGGUCUCUGUCCUGUCAGUGGUAUCAUUUAUCAUCUGGAUUCUAAAGCGUCUUCAAAGACAAAAAAAAACAUUCACUCCUGCAAGCAGUUUCCCCAGCCUUCAUUCAGAAGAUAGUUUCAAAGCUCAGUUGGUUUAAUCAACCAAUGAACUUGGACGUCUCUGCAAUAAUAUCCAGUUACUCCAUGGACUGAGAUCAGCUGCCUCUGGAAAGCCUUUUCGAUGUGAGGGACAUGGAUGAGGGGAAGAUUCCUUGAUGACAACGCCUUGAGAGGAAGCAUCCGGUUCCAGCACAACAAUCCGAGUCUACGAGUGGCAACAUAUCAAGGAAGAAUAUAAGCCGUCCAAGCAGCAUGGAAUACCUUCUGGCCUUGCACGCAGUCCACGUGGGCUGUCUCCUGCCCUCUGAUACUCUGGGCUCCGAUAGCGCCCUUUCACGUCUGUGAAUCUCGUACAAAGGUGGUGGCAACUUAUUCUCUUUUCAAGACGUCAAAUUUAUUACUUAUAAAGUGGUUAAAGGUGUAUGUAGAAUUGUGCAUUUUGACAUUUGUGUCCAUGUUUCGAGAAGAGACCUCUUGCUUCAGCCCAAAAUCAUAACUGUUAGUUAUCAGGGAGUAACUAACUAGUCUGGUACAACAUUUAAAGUUUUUAUAAGCAUAAACCAUACUUAUCUACAACACGUUUCGGACACAGUUCUCUUUUGACAUAGAAAAGGCAGGUGUUAAUUGUUUUGGUAUAAUUUUCUACAGUUCUUAAAGUUAUCAAAGUAACACUGAAAUUAAUUUCAGAAUGGGAGAAUUCAUUAUUGCUGUCAAAUCUUAAACUUGCAGAAAUAUACUAAAAUGUAGUCCUCUAAUAUUAUUUUGUUUCUUGAAACAAGUCAAGACAUUUAAAAUGUUUCAUCCCUAUGGGAUUUAGUACUGUAUUAUCUAAAUUACUGAUAGUAUUUAUUUCUUGGGUAACGUGUACAGUUUUGUGUGAAUCAAAAAUGACUAAACCUGUUCUCAAAGCAAAGUAUAGGUAAAAUAAUUCUAAAAAAAAAUCCUCCAAAGGAAACUUAGAACUAUCUUUUUUUAAAAAAAAGAAAGGAAAUUUGUUUAGAAGUAUUCAUACAUCAAAUUAAGGAGGAACCUAAUAAUGCAGGCACAUCUAUUAUUAACUUAGGCCCAUAGUUAAAUGCUCUUGAGGGAUCGACACUGCCCUCCUGAGAAAAUCCACAUAUCUGUAAAUGCAAUCUAGAAUUUCUGUUCACUCUGCCAUUUGGUAAUUUUGAUUAUUUCACUUUUCUGCCUGGAUUCACACAUUGGUCUAAGCCAUCAUAUGGCUUGUUAGGCUUAACAUGAAAUGUGUUGGAAAAGACAUGAGUAUCUAACCCCACAGUGGCUUGUAUUUUCCUUAUUUUUAAAUAACAGUUUAUUUAA